AUAUAUCUUUAAAAAAUAACCCUAUUCUAUAUCUCCCAACCGCACAAACAAAACUUUUAGCUUCUCCGCAUCGACCAAAGAAAGAUCAAGAAUCAAGAAAAAUCCGUGCAAGCGUACAAUAUCGACCGAUCUGUUCAAAAAUGGAUAUGAUUCCACAACUGAUGGAAGGCUCUUCAGCUUACUUAGGUACCUCAAAUCUCAGCAUCAACGCAAACAUCUUGUCCUCCUCCGGAACCACCGCAACACAGCCACCGUCUUCCUCCUCUCCAUCGGCGAACUCAAGCCGUUAUGAGAACCAGAAGAGAAGAGACUGGAACACGUUCGGACAGUACUUAAGGAACCAUCGCCCACCGCUUUCGCUUUCCCGAUGCAGCGGAGCUCACGUGCUGGAGUUUCUCCGUUACUUGGACCAGUUCGGUAAGACAAAAGUCCACACGACCAUUUGUCACUUCUACGGCCAUCCUAAUCCUCCUGCACCGUGUCCUUGUCCUCUCCGUCAAGCUUGGGGAAGUCUCGACGCUCUCAUCGGUCGUCUUCGUGCUGCUUUUGAAGAGAACGGAGGCAAACCCGAGACUAAUCCAUUUGGAGCACGUGCCGUUAGACUUUACCUAAGGGAAGUUAGAGAUACGCAGAGCAAAGCUAGAGGUGUUAGCUACGAGAAGAAGAAGCGAAAGCGUCCUGUUCCUACGUUGUCGGCUUCUUCUUCCUCCGCCGUAGCUAGCCACCAGCAAUUUCAAAUGUUGCCGGUGGUCGUUGUCUAAAAGUAACCGUGAACUACAAGUGGUGUUUAUUGACUUAUAGUGGUUGACAGUGACUGCACUAUCUAUUGUAAGUUUCAUGAAAUUUUGUCAUUAGUUUCUCAACACCCAAAUCUCCCCAAAGAUUUACUGUGGAAUUCGUACCCAGUCACAAACAUUCACAUGCAUACGUGGCAUUCUUGAGUAAAUAUGUUUUUUUUGUUUUUGUUUCAUCUCCAAACUCAUUUUUGUUGUUCAUGUUUAAUUAAUCAUAGGUUUACUUGUGAAUGAAACGUUUUCUUAUAUCAUCUCUAAGUCACCUCCAUUUAUAUUCAUAUGUUUUCUUCUAAAAUAGAGUACUCUAUUGUAUAUUUCUAUAACAUAAUUCUUCUAAGAAAUAUUAUAAAAUACUAUUUCCAUCUCAAAAUAUAAAGUCGAAAAGUAGUUUUUAUAUAUUUUCUUCUACAAUAGAGAUAUCCUUUUAUGAAAUCAUACAUCGGAGAACAAUCACCUCUAUAAUAGAAAUUUUUAUUUUUUUUUUAAAUGUAAAGAUACUCUUACUCAAUUUCACUGUUUUCAUAACAAAUAUUUAUUCAAGAACAUUGUACAUGUCUAUGUUUUGUUUCUGGAUAAACCUUAGAAUUUGGAGAUAUGGUGAGUGAUAGUUUAUAUAUGUGUAUAUAUAUAUAUAUAUUUAUUUUUUUAAAUACCAAGAGGUUUAGAGUCGAAACUCGUAAUUCCUUUAAAUUUGAAAAGCAUAGUAUGUAAUAUUAAUUUUGUUUCAGUGGUCAUUCGAACUAGAAACUUUUAACAUAACGACUAGAAGACUCCUUUCCACCUUUAGUGCAUUUAUAAAUUAUAGCAAGACCUAUAUUUUUAAGGUAACCUAUGUGUAAACAUACGUACACCAGAUAUAGGAAUGUGAAUUACUUGAUGCCAUUAACUAAUUAAGGUUCUAAGUAACAUAUGAUAUGAGUCAUGUUAUGUAUGAUCUUUACUCACACCGUAAAUAUUAGAAGUUUUGAGUUUUACAAACCGUACCGCACCGCAAUUAACAAUAACGAAAAUCUUUACAUAUAUUAUAUAUAUAUAUGUUUUUAUAAUUGUAAAAACUGUAACGCAGUUGAACCGUUUGUCCCGUACCGCUCAAUCCACAGUUACCAUUUGGAGAAUUAAUUUUUUUGAAUGACCUGAUUGUAUUGUUUAAUAUAUUAAAUUAAAUAAUCUUAUUUUUAUGCGAUUUAUGUUCGGUCUUUACUCACACUGUCACCCACACCGCAUAUGUUAGAUUAGUUUCCUUUUGAUGACCUGAUUGUAUUGCUGCAUGAAUACUAUAUUAAAAUAGUAAGCACUAUUCAAAGUUGAUAAUUCACGACCAUGGAGUCACUAUAACUGAGGACUGAAGAUCAAUCUGUUUAAUAGCUAUGUAGUCUAAUUGUGAUUGACGAUCAAAUUGCUGAAUAGCUAUGUAGCAUAAUUUUGCUUACUAAUAUAGGAUUUAAAAUAAAAUAUUUGAUAAGAUAAUUCUGAAUAACAUGAAGUAAUAGUAAGCUAUAUAUAUAUGCAAUUCUAAUGACAAUACAAACUAUGAAAUAAUACAUAUUUUCUUUUACUUAAUGAUUUUGUUAAUUCUAUGAUCGGCAUAUUGCACUUUUUAAGUUGCCUAUGUUUUCAAUCAAGACCUACAUAGACAAUAAAGUCCAAAACUCGUAUUUUGAGAUUCGUGAACCAUUUAGGUCUCGUUGUUAUUAGACCACCUCCAAUGUAUUUUGCUAUUUUCACCUCUAAAAUAGGAAACUCUAUAAUAGAGGUAAAAUAUGCUCCAAUGUAUUUCUCUAAAAUAGCAAUCUCUAAAAUAUAGAGUAAAAAAUAGAUAAAUGUUAUUUCUUCCUCUAUAAAUAGAGAAAAAAAAUAGAGAUCUCUAUUAUAGAGGAAGAAAUAGAGGUGGGUUGGAGCAAUUUCACCUCUAAAUACUAUUAUAGAGGUAAAAAUAGCAAUGGAUUGGAGAUGUUCUUAGGGCAGGAUUAUCGGAGGAGGGGGAGGAGUUUUUAGUGGGUUUUUAAGGGAGGGAUGCCACAAAAAGGAAAAAAAACGGGUUGCUAAAAAGCCAGAAUAAAGAUCGAUGUUGGCUGAUUUUUUACACUGUUCGUGGACUUUACUAACACGUGACGACCUGGGAUUGAUUAAUUUUUUUUAUUCAGACAAAAAAAUAAAAAAUAAUAAAAAAUAAUAAAAAAUCCAUUUGAGUUUCAGCGUCUAUCAUGGUCUUAACUUUUCUUUUGGACAAAGAAGUCUAGUUAGUUGUUAACUUGUUAUAGUUAAAUAGUUUGUUUGAACAAUAUAUGUAUAAAAUAUAUAUAUUUUAUUUCAGUGAAGGUUUUUGCUGUUUUUUGUAAUAGGUUUCUGAUUUUUCAUAAAAGAGAUGAACUUAUUUAAUACUUAAAAUAAGAAAAUGAAAUUAAAAACGAGAAAGACAACAUGAAAAAGGUAUUGAUUGGACAUAAUUUAUUUUUAAUCUCACUUGUUACCUGAUUUAGUCAAUAACUAUAGUUUAGAUAGCGUCACAACAAUGAGGCCGGCAGAUGAAAUUAUUUUCUUGAAACAUUUGAAGAUCAAAACAACAGAUGUUAAAAAAACAUUUUAUAGUACCUAAAACCAUAUAAUGUAAUAUCUUUGGUGUUCUAAGAUCCUCAAUUUCUUUGAAUAAAUGAAAUACUAAAAUAAACAAAAACUUGGAACACAAAAUAAUUUUAAAAAUUAUUUUGGCAGAUUGUGUAAUGUUGCAUUAUUCAUAAGAGGUAGCGCCAAAGUUCUGUCUCUCACUUGUCUUGUCUCUGUAAGUUGUUCCUCGCAGGGCACUCAAAGACCCCAACAUUCAACUUUUAUUGAUUCUUGUCCAUUUUAUGAAUUUUCUCAGUUUAAAAAAUCUAUUUCAAAAGUGAGAAAACAAUUCUGUAAUUUUUUUUUUUGAAUUUAACAAUUCUGCAAUUCUACAUUUCAGUUCCCCUAAAGUCUUAAAAUCCACAGUUUUAGGGUUCAUAAAUCAAGAGCUGAAAAUAUCUUGACUUAUUAUGUCUUGUGUCUUUCAGUCAUACUUUUCUAUGUGAAAAUCUCAAUAUAACUGUUAUAAAAGAUUCAAUGCGAGUUUUAAUUUAGUUAGUCCCUUUUUUUAAUUUAGUUAGUCCCUCAUCAACAAUAUUAACACGUUAUAAUAGAUUACACACAUCAUAAGAUAGUGAUCAACACAUAUAAUUUACUUAUGCUCAAAGUUUUUAGAGAAUAUUCAAUAAUUACUGUGCCAAAUAAAGUUUCAUCUUUUUCUUUUCAUAUUUUAAACUUUUCAGACAUUCUGCCUACUUUUUAUAAUGAUGGUUUUAAACCAACGGUCAACAUUUCAUACAAAACUACACCAAGUAUAAAUAGUUUUUUUAUUUAAAACAUUUACGUGAUAUAUGAAUAACCUGCUUUUCAACGGUUGACAACUGAUCAUAAUUGUUUUUCUUCUUUUUCAAAAAACACAAUCAUAUUGAGUCAGUGUUCCCUUUAGACUCUACCGACAAUAAUAUUUUUCCAAAAUUUGAUAAGUCUAUACAAGGUUUCUACUUCGAGCUAUAACAAUGCGUUUGCACAGAUCUCUAUGCAUGUUUUUGCACAUAUUUCUACUUCGAGCUACAUGCGGUUCAUACUUGCAUUUUUAGUUCACUUUGCCAAUUAAAAUAAAACUUUGUUCCAGUAACAUAGCUCACUUAAACGGCUCUCGAGUGAUCGACAUGAAAAACCAUCACUUAUAACAAACACAUAAACUUCAUUUCAUUUCAUCUAUGAGAUUUUUCACCAGCAGUUACCACUCAACUACGAGAAUAUAUUUUGUAGAUUUGAUCUGGAUUAGGAGUGAGCACUACCAUGACUUGGUCUUUCGACUUUAGAUACAGAAUCUUGACCUUUGCAUAUAAGGUUAGAACAAAAAGAAAGAGCUUUCAAGAAUCAACGCACACACGUCAGUUCAAAAAAAAAAAAUCAACACACCCAUUUAAUUAUUAUCACCACUAGGAGGUUUUCCGGGCUACACCCGGAUUUUUUCCUAUAGUAUUAGUUUAAUUUUUAUAUUUAUAUUUUUAAAACGAACAAAUAUGAUAUACACUGAAACUUGUUAUAGAAUUAUAAACAUAAAUGUAAAUUUAAAACUAUUUGAAAUCAUUUGUUGUGUUUUAUUGGAGUUUUAUGUAGGAUAUUAGUAAGAUUAAUAAAAAGUUAACUAAAUUAUAACUUAAGAUCUAUAUAUAUUCUUUAUCUUGGUUAUUUAUUUUUAUGUAAAAAAUUGUAAAGCUUAUAAUUAGUACUGUAUAAAUUUUGAUUGGUUUUAAAAUUACAAAGUUUUAUUUUUGUUACUUGUCUUUAAAAGAAAGCACCACCGACUUGUAUACCGGUUCUUUAUUUGUUGUCUUCAAUUUAUCGUUUUAACCAAAAUAAUUUUGUCAACCUUUUUAACCAAAAUUUAAAUUUAAUAUUUAUUGUUGCUAUUUAAUUUCUGUGUUUUUCUUAAGUUUGUUUGUGAUAGAAAGAAAAUUUUACUUCAUGAUUUGAAAUAUUAUUAGUUGUAAAUUUAUAGAAGAUUUACUUUCUUACCGUUGUUGAUGUAAUAUUAAUUUUACAGUUUCUUAUUUUAAUUAUUUAAUUAAUCAGAUUUUUGGAAAUAAUUUUGAAUAUUAAUACUAUUAUUUGAUGUUCUAGCUUUUUUUUCUGUUUGCUGGAUAGUGUUUGUGUGCUCGGUUAUUAUGCAAG